AUGGACAAGAAUUCUGAAAACAAAACAUAUACAGCCGAAGAUAAAAAGAAGGCUUUAAUGUAUCUUGAAAAAUUUGUGCGUGAAGAUGAUUCUGCGAAAUACGUUAUCGAUCCAAAAAACGUUCUUUGCAGGACAAAAAAUGAUGCCGUCAAAGUUAAUUGUAUAAAAUUGAAUGAAUUGGAUGAAAAAGAAAUCUUUGCUCAUAUGCAAAAUCUUGGUUUUUAUUGUGCUUUAUCUCAGGAUCCAAAUAAAUUUGGAAUUGAAUACACUGCAAUUUUACAUACUGCCUUUUUGAAACUGAUUGAUAAAAUCUUGGAACAGGUUCCGCCAAACAGUAAUUUUCAAAAUUGGGAUGUUUAUUCAGGAACGGCCGGGUUAUCGCUCCUUUUCAUGAAAGUUCAUGAAUGUGACCCAGGGGUGAUGUUUGGCCCAAAAAGUGCACUGACCAUCGCAGAUGAGUACAUCGAUAACGCUCUUUCAUCACACAUGAAACUUCAUAAUACACCUAGCGAAGCCGGCUUGCCCGGAUUUAUUGAACACGAGUGCGGUUUUCUCUCUACCGCUGUCGGAUUAUACUCCGUAGCGGCUCAUGUUAAACAUCAUACCGGAGACCAAGAAUCUUCGCAUAGAUAUCUCAACUUGAUACAAUCGCAUUUCUCCAAGUCGGCACUUUCAAUUAAAACACCGAGCGAAUUACUACACGGUCGUGCCGGGUAUUUGUAUGCCGAGCGACUUAUAUCCGGUUUAAUUGACCCGAAAAAGGAACCACCGACGUCGCAAAUCGUGUCUAGCGUGAUUGAAAGUAUCAUCGAAGACGGGAAAAGGACGGCAGUAAACCGUAAUGCAACAGGUUAUACGCCAUUAUUUUGGACAUGGCAAGGUUUACCUUACGUUGGGGCCGCUCAUGGUUUCGCUGGAAUACUAACCAUGUUGUUACAAUUCCCGGAGCAAUGUCAAGAACACUUUGGUCAAAUUAAAAAUACUACCGACUUUAUCUUGUUCAAAAGUCGUCAAGAAAAUGGAAAUUGGCCUCAUAUCCUGUUUGAACCCAAUAAUAAUUUGGUUCAAUUCUGUCAUGGAGCUACUGGAAUUUGUUUUUUGGCUUGUAAAGCAUAUGAAGUAUUUAAAGAAAAGGAAUAUUUAGAUCUCGCUGAAGAAAUCGCAGAUUAUAUAUAUUUACAUGGAAAAACGCGUAAAGGAGUAGGAUUAUGCCAUGGAAUUUCCGGAAAUGCGUAUCCAUUUUUAUCGGUUUAUAAACUUACCGAGGAUCACAAAUAUUUACGAUAUGCUUUGGAAUAUGCCAAUAUCUGUGCUCAAUGGGAGGAAAAAGUCGAACAAGGAGAAUUUAGUCAUUCCGAUAAACCUUGGUCCGUUUAUGAAGGCAUUGGCGGAGCAAUUUGGCUCAUUUCCGACUUAAUAUAUUGGGAUCAGGAAAUUUUCAAAGGUUUUCCAGGAUUGACAGAUGUUUAA